CGGAGGCCUCUCUGGGACUAGUCGGGCUCUGGCCGGGAGUUCAAUCCCACGCACUUGUACCCCAGCGUGGGUGGCGGUGGGAUGAAGGGUUGUGGCGGCGCGACAGGCAGUUUUUUUGGUUUCUCCACAAACAAGAAGAGGAGAGAGUUCACUCAGCCCUUGCGAGAGGGCCUGGUACUUUCGUUCUAAAGCUUUCGUUUCCUCGGGGAACAGAAUUGCUACACGCAGUAGUUAUAAUUAUUCAAUAUGUUUCCACUGACUGAGGAAAACAAGCAUGUGGCCCAGUUGUUGCUCAGUACUGGUACCUGUCCAAGAUGUAUUUACAGAUUCUGUGGUGUGGAUUUUCAUGCACCUUACAAACUUCCCUACAAGGAGUUGCUCGAUGAACUACAGAAAUUUCUGGAAACUGAAAAAGAUGAAUUAAUUUUGGAAGUUCCAAACCCACCUCCUAAGAAAAUUCGACUACAAGAACUAGAAGAUGGGAUUGAUGGGAUUGAUAAUUUGAGUCAAAAUGGAGAGGGAAGGAUCUCCGUUAUUGAAGAUGGUAGCAUUGCUUCCAAGAACUCAAAUUUAAAUGUGUGCAAUGUAUGUCUAGGAAUUCUUCAAGAAUUCUGUGAAAAAGAGUUCAUUAAAAAGGUGUGCCAAAAAGUUGAGGCCUCUGGGUUUGAAUUUACCAGCUUGGUAUUUUCAGUCUCCUUUCCACCACAGCUAUCUGUAAGAGAGCAUGCUGCAUGGUUGCUGGUAAAACAGGAAAUGGGAAAACAGAGUCUGUCGCUGGGAAGAAAUGAUAUAGUUCAGCUAAAAGAAGCCUACAAAUGGAUAACUCAACCCCUGUUUUCAGAGGAACUGGGUGUUCCCAUUGAUGGAAAGAGCUUGUUUGAAGUGAGUGUGGUCUUUGCUCACCCAGAAACAGUUGAGGAUUGCCACUUCCUACGUGCAAUAUGCCCAGAUUGCUUCAAGCCAGCCAAAAACAAACAGUCAGUGUUCACUAGAAUGGCAGUUAUGAAAGCAUUGAAUAAGAUAAAAGAAGAGGAUUUCCGCAAGCAGUUUCCUUGUCCUCCAAACUCACCAAAGGCUGUAUGCACUGUUCUUGAAAUUGAGUGUGCUCAUGGUGCUGUUUUUGUGGCUGGGAGAUAUAAUAAAUACUCCAGGAAUUUACCACAGACUCCUUGGAUAAUUGAUGGAGAAAGGAAGCUGGAAUCUUCAGUGGAAGAAUUAAUUUCAGAUCAUCUUUUGGCAGUAUUCAAGGCAGAGAGUUUUAAUUUUUCCUCCUCUGGAAGAGAAGAUGUAGAUGUGAGAACAUUAGGAAAUGGAAGGCCCUUUGCAAUUGAGCUGGUGAAUCCUCAUAGAGUACAUUUCACUUCACAAGAAAUUAAGGAACUUCAGCAGAAAAUUAAUAAUUCAUCUAACAAAAUCCAAGUCCGUGACUUGCAGCUUGUCACAAGAGAGGCAAUAGGACAUAUGAAAGAAGGCGAAGAAGAAAAGACCAAGUCCUAUAGUGCCUUAAUAUGGACAAAUAAAGCCAUACAGAAGAAAGACAUUGAAUUCCUAAAUGGCAUAAAGGACUUAAAGAUCGACCAGAAAACACCUCUGCGGGUCCUUCACCGGAGGCCCCUGGCUGUGAGAACUCGCAUCAUUCACUCCAUGGAGACAUGCUAUGUGGAUGAACAUCAUUUCCACCUCUAUCUGAAGACUCAAGCUGGAACGUAUCCUUUCGCCUUCCGCAUAGCAAUCCUCUAACCCUGUCGGAAGAGUUCACGCUGCCCUAGAAAAUAGGUGCAACUUGAUCCAGGAACAAUUAGGGUAAGGAUUAGGUUGGGGAAGAGUCCUUUUUUUGGCGGGGGGGGAGGGUUCCCAUCUAAUUUGUAUCUUUCAAAAUGACAUUUUAAACCGCGAGGCGGCAGCCGGUAGAGCAUGAACUUUCAAAUAGUGUGUCACACAAUUCUGCCUACCUAGUAAGUACUCAGGAAACAGUUCUGAUUGAUUCAUUUAUUGAUUUGUGUCUUUAUACAUUCUGCAAGUCACAUUUUCAUAACCACACUUGGGUUCUUUCAGCAUUUUGAGCAUUUGCCCCAAAUCACUAAACACUGAUAGUAGAUGGGAGUGGCCCUACUUUCAUACUGGUCUUCACUUUAUUUGGCCACUGGCCCAAAACAAGAGAAUAGUCCAAAAAUGAUCAGUUGUUCAUAUGGUACCCUGUUUUGUGUGGUUUUGUAUCCGUUCUGAGUUGUUAGUUAAAAUACAUCAGGGAGUUGCCAGAGUCCUAGCUCUAGUUUAUUUUUCAAAAGUGCUCCUAAUAUUUGUUUGUUUCUUGGUUUUAUAUUAUUUAGUGAUCCAAUAGCAUGAAGUGGUAAGAUACCUAAUAUAAAACUAAUGAUAUAUUUAUGGGUAUAAGGCAAAAAAUGUCAUUUUAAUCCCCAAGUAGCAUUCUCACCAUGUUGCUGUAGUCUGUUUCUCCUUUUCCAUCAACCUCCUCUCUCUUCCUCCCCAACCCCACACCACUCCACCCCAUCCUAUCCCAGAAGUGACCAGCAUUUGCUAAGCUGAAAUAGGUAGAUGUUAUUUACUCUUAAAAUCUCUUAUAUUUUUAGUUCGGAUCAAGGGAUGACCUGUUUAGACCACAGUGGGCAGACCUUUAUAGCUUUGUUGUUUGGAAUAUAUGUGCCUACUAUAGAUGGAAUGUGGAUGGAAUUUCAAAGAAAUCACAGAUUUUUAAAAAAUUUUUUUUAUCUAAUUCCAGCUUUUAUUUUAGAGUGCUGAGGUGAAAUGCAGUGGUCUUUUGAAGAAACUAAUCUUUUCAAUCUUAUUAAAACAUUCUUAGGACCAGGCAUGUAUAUGUUACUUACGGGCUUAGCCAAGAAAAACCGUCUGCUAAAACUUUAGAUACCAUGUGGUUAUACACAGAAGUAUGCGAAUUUUUCACAUAUAUUGCUCGGUAUGCUGAACUAGUUCAUUUGAUGUACACCUCAUCCUUCUGGAUAUGAAUAAGAAUUCUGGGCCUUUUAACUGGUUGUUCUGGGGCUUUUUGGUCAUCUCCCCUCAUCAUUGCUACUCAGAAGUAGCAUUCUCGAAAGAAAAAGACAAUUGUUGAGUAAGUAUGAGUUCAGCAAAGAAGGCAGUUACUAGAUACAUGUCUUAAGCUUGAGUCAAAACAUUUGGUGAAAGUAGAGUGAAUACACUUUCAGAAAGUGAGGAGGACAUAAUAUCAGCAUAUUCAUGGUGUAAGUUUUUUAUUUAUCAUCUGAGAAUAAACUUAUUUUUCCUA